AUGGAGAAACCACUCCAACUUUACUUCAUCCCAUACCUAGCAGCUGGUCACAUGAUCCCUCUAUGCGACAUAGCUUCUCUCUUUGCCUCACGAGGCCACUUUGUUACAAUCAUCACAACUCCUUUAAACGCUAAAAUUCUUCCCAAAUCCAACAACUUCUUCAAUGUUCACACCUUUCCAUUCCCUUCUCAAGAAGUUGGCCUCCCGGACUGCGUCCAAAACCUCUCCUCGGUCACUGACCUCGAGAGCUCCAAUAAAAUCUUCCAAGCCACUACACUCCUCCAGGAACAAUUUGAGAAUUUCGUGGAGCAGCAUCCACCUGAUUGCAUCGUGGCGGAUUUUUUAUUCCCGUGGGUUGAUGAGCUCGCAAACAAGCUCACCAUUCCAAGGUUCGCCUUCAAUGGUUUCUCACUCUUUACCAUUUGUGCCAUGGAAGCCCUCAAAUUACACCCUCUCCCUGGGGAUGCUUCCGGUUCAUUUGUUGUUCCUCAUUUUCCUUACGAUGUCACCAUUAGUUCAACACCACCAAUGGGUUCCAAAUCCUUCCUUGAUCCUCUACUUACAAUAGCGCUGAAAAGCCAUGGUUUUAUCAUUAACAGCUUUGUAGAGCUCGACGGAGAAGAAUGUGUUGAUUAUUACGAGAAAACCAUUGGUCAUAAAGCUUGGCAUCUUGGACCGGCUUCUCUUGUUCGUAAAACAACUCAAGAGAAGGCAAUGAGAGGAGAAAAGAGCUCCGUGAGUGUGCAAAAGUAUUUGACAUGGCUCAAUUCAAAGCAAGAUAACUCAGUAAUCUACAUAUGCUUUGGAACCUUUUGUUAUUUCCCUGAUGAGCAAUUGUAUGAGAUUGCAAGUGCGAUAGAAGCAUCGGGUUAUGAAUUCAUAUGGGUUGUUCCGGAGAAGAAAGGGAAGGAGAAUGAAAGCAAAGUGGAGAGUGAAAAAUGGCUUCCUAAAGGUUUUGAAGAAAGAAAUAAAGGGAUGAUUGUAAGGGGAUGGGCCCCACAGGUGGUUAUAUUGGGCCACCCUGCCGUGGGGGCUUUUUUGACGCAUUGUGGGUGGAACUCUGUGGCGGAGGCUGUUAGUUCAGGGGUUCCGAUGAUCACGUGGCCAGUGCAUAGCGAUCAAUUCUAUAACGAGAAGUUGGUGACUCAGGUGCAUGGAAUUGGAGUUGAAGUCGGUGUGGAUGAGUGGCUUACGACUGCUUUUCGAGAGAUGGAAAAGGUGGUGGGAAAAGAUUGUAUAGAAAAGGCUUUGAGAAGGUUGAUGGACGGUGGUGAGGAAACAGUUAGAAUAAGAAGAAGAGCUAAAAAGUUGGCAAAAAUAGCUAAACAUGCUGUUUGUGAUGGUGGUUCAUCCCAUGAGAAUUUGACGGCUUUGAUCGAUGAGCUUAAGCGGUUAAGACAGAGUAAGGUGUCAGAUUAA